GCGCGGCGGCCCGCGGCCCGGAGGCCCCCCGCCGGCUCCAUGGCCGCGCCCCCGCUGGGCCGUCUCGCGCUGACCCACCUGCUGGUGGCCCUCUUCGGCAUGGGCUCGUGGGCUGCGGUGAACGGGAUCUGGGUGGAGCUGCCGGUGGUGGUGAAAGACCUGCCCGAGGGUUGGAGUCUCCCUUCGUACCUCUCUGUGCUCGUGGCGCUGGGGAACCUGGGUCUGCUGGUGGUGACCCUGUGGAGGCGGCUGGCCCCGGGCCAGGGGGAGCGCGUCCCCAUCCGGGUGGUGCAGGGGCUGAGCGUGGUGGGCGCAGCCCUGCUGGCCCCUCUGUGGCAUCAUGUGGUCCCCGUGGCCGGGCAGCGCCACUCUGUGGCCUUCCUGACCCUGUCGUUUGUGCUGGCCAUGGCCUGCUGUGCCUCCAAUGUCACUUUCUUGCCCUUCCUGAGCUGCCUGCCUCCUCCCUUCCUGCGGUCUUUCUUCCUAGGUCAGGGUCUCAGUGCCCUGCUGCUCUGUGUGCUGGCCCUGGCUCAGGGUGUGGGCCGCCUAGAAUGCCCACCGGUACCCGUUAAUGGCACCCCUGGGCCUCCCAUCAACUUCCCAGAGCGAUUUUCUGCCAGCACCUUCUUCUGGGUACUGACUGCCCUUCUGGUCACUUCGGCCGCCGCCUUCCAUGGUCUUCUGUGGCUGCUGCCGUCACCACCGUCUUUGCCCAGAGGGGGCCUAGACCCCGGUCGAAUGGCAGCACCAGGAGCAGAGCAGGAGGAGGAAGCCUCUCCAUUACAGGAGCCACCGGGCCAGGCGGCGAGCCCCACCCCCACCCCCAGACCGGAUCCUAAGGCCCACCAGCUGUUCACUGUCCAAAGUGCCUGCCUUCUGGGCCUGCUGGCCAUCACCAAUGCACUGACUAAUGGUGUGCUGCCUGCCGUGCAGAGUUUUUCCUGCCUGCCCUACGGGCGCCUGGCCUACCAUUUGGCUGUGGUGCUGGGCAGCUCAGCCAACCCUCUAGCCUGCUUCCUGGCCAUGGCUGUGCUUUGCAGGUCCCUGGCAGGCCUGUGUGGUCUCUCUGUGCUGGGCAUGCUCUUUGGGGCCUACCUGAUGACACUGGCAGUCCUGAGUCCCUGCCCUCCCCUAGUGGGUACCUCUGCAGGUGUGGUCCUUGUGGUAAGUAUGUUGGGGACAGGAAGAGGGAAGGGGCUUGCCCUGGGGCAAGGGCACUUCAUAGUUACCCUGCUGUUGGAUGUUCCCUGCAGGUACUUUCCUGGGUGCUGUGUGCCGGUGUGUUCUCCUAUGUCAAGGUGGCAGUCAGCUCUGUGCUGCAUGGUAGAGGCAGGUCUGCAUUGCUGGCAGCUGGUGUCGCCAUCCAAGUGGGCUCCCUGGCUGGUGCUGUUGCCAUGUUCCCUCCCACCAGCAUCUACCGUGUAUUCCACAGCGGGAAGGACUGUGUGGACCUGUGUGGCCUCUGAGCCUAGGCAGGUGUGAGCUCACUCUGCCCAGCCCACCUCCUCCUGGAGGCUGGCACAGUGCCUGAGUGCCUGCGGCUCUCAAAACCUCCCCACACACUCCACAAGAGACCUGGCAUCUCAAGCCCCGGUGAGGACCAAGGAGCAGGCCUGGAGCCAGGGGUAGUUUGGGGCUGGGGCUUGGCCCUGCCAUUUUCCUAGGAUUUGCACAAUAAAAUGUCUUUAUUCA